UCCAACACUGCGUUCACGUGUGCAUCUGAGACAACUCACCUUCUUCGUGCGUGCCUGCAUCUUUCACCCAACUCUCGGCCUGCUAGUGAUGGGGAUGUGAGUACUUGGCCGAUCAGCCCAUAUACUCAACGUCAGGACCAAGGCUGGCGUCAGAAGCUUGCCGAGAGUUGGGUGAAAGAUACAGGCACACAUGAAGAAGGUGAGUUGUCUCAGACGCUCAGAUAUAGUAAGUUACUGUGCAUGUUCUUGUGGCUUCCUCUAACGGACUUGUGGAAACAGGAUUCUUAUCUAUUCGGGCAUCCGAGUGGGAAACCCUUCAACUCGAGUGUCACCUUCUUCCCCCAUUUUCUCGGCAUAGUGUCGAGUGUUCCCUUGACGAUGGCGAGGAAAUGUGGCAAGAAGGUGACACUCGAGUUGAAGGCUGCCCGUGCAAGCCGUGAUCAUAUUCCUGUGUCCGAGCCUCCCGCGAUGGCUACUUCUUCGUCCUCGGCUCCGCAGGGAGAGUCGAAGGGUGGGCUUGCCCAGACGAGUAAGAUGGUUAGCUCUGGUCUAGGUGAUGCGUCGGAGGCUAAUGAUAAUGACAAUUACGAUAAUGAAAAUGACUUGACCGAUGAGGAGUUUGGUGAUAUUCCGGACCUGCCUCCUUCGGCUGGCCAUGAUGUCGCGACUGAGAGCGAUAACAUGAACGAUCUUGCAUAG